AUGCUUCAGGGGCUAUUGGUUUUGAUUGCAUGGUAUCAAUUCUACAACCAUUUCAACCCCCAAUUGAUGAAUUUGCUCCAUCUAUGCAUCGCCCUGACAAUCGACCUCGGCUUGAACCGGCCCCAGUCUCUGGGACAGUGGCAGCUACGGGUAGUGAUCGAUACAACUUCAUUAUUGCAUGGAAAGGGUGUUUCACAAGGCCUGCGAACUACCGACGAACACCGUGCUCUUUUGGGCGUCUACUUUCUUUGCGCCAAGCUUUCUUAUGCCUUCAAGCGGCUUGAUCCAAUGCGCUACACUCAGCAUCUAGAGGAUUGCUGUCAAUUCUUACUUACCGAGGCCGAGUAUCCCUCAGAUAUUACCCUCGUCCAGCACGUGCGUCUGCAGCAUAUUCUGGAAAAGUAUAUGCCAGAUGCAAUGGGCUUAUCUGCGUUAUCGGUUCCGGUCAGAAGUUUUGUGAAAUGCUUCGAAGAGGAUAUCAAAAACUUCAAGCAAAGUGUACCUCGAGAUCUUUUACCAAGUGCUCAUCUUGAAAUCCAUAUCCUUAGUGCUCAGAUUGGACUCUACGAAUUCGUGCAGACGGCGGAUCUUGACCCACUAAUCCAUAGGAUCGAGGCAUGGUAUGCAUGCCUCAAUUGUAUCAGCCAGUACUGGGACCUUUUUCUGGCCGAGCCGAGCGAAAAUCUUCCGACUCUUACAUUCAUCUCAUGGCUGCAUACUAUCCAGCCACUUCUCAUGCUUGCAAAGUUAUCUUUCUUAAUCACUGACGGCUGGGACUUGGAUUUUGUUCGCACGAAGUGGGCAUUUGGUGCUUUCAUAGAUCGCCUCGCCGAGAAACUUGAGUCGGUAACUAGGACGGAUGUCAGCCACACGCACCGCACGGUCGGCGCACGCUUCAACAUGUACGCUGAAAAAAUGCGCAUGUGUAAACGAUGGUAUGAAUCCAAAAUUAGGGCAGAAAAUGCGGUCAAAGCCUCGGAGGCCGCUGCUACCUUGCCUGAACGACCGGUCCCCAAUCCUCCCAGUCCGGAUAUACCUUUUCAAGACCUUUUCGAUGGCCUUGAGGACGGCAUGUGGCAGGACUUCAUGUAUGAUUGGGCAAUCCCUACGCAAUUUUGA